AUUCAAAAUGAAAACGUAUUUGGUGGGGAUUUUCCCCUUUGAUGAUACCGUUGACAUAAUUCGAGAAUCGUGGCUGUGCGGAUACAACGAUGAACUGGAACAGCUGUGCCAAUUUCCUGCAGUACAUGGAGACAAAAAAAAACUAGAAGAUUUGCUGAAUACCUGCGAAUUUCCUGAUGAUGCAUGGCCAAAAUAUGUUAUAGUUCCGAAGCGGACUGGUAUCGAAUCGUAUCAAGAAGCGGUCCGUAUUCAAAAAAUUAUACAGGAGGAUGAAAAUGGAGCAACCACGGACCAAGAUAAACUUGGUAGAGGGUUUCGAAAUCGGAAACGAAAUACGUUCCUUGAGUCAUCUGAUGAAGAUGUUCCAAAAUGUAAGAAGAGUAAAAGCAACAAAAGCGAAGCUAGAAAGAAGCAAAAAGAAGCACAAAACAGCGCUCGGAGCCAGUGUGCGUCUGCUUUGAGCAAUUUUACACUACCGAACUGCAAAUCUUUUCGGAUCCCUUCACCGUCUCAAAUGGUACAAAGCAAUACAAAUGUCCAGAAAAAUGGGAUUCAUAGUCAAAAAGGUGAAGGGUUUGCGCACUCUACCCAGAAAGGUCGUAAAGAAAAUCACCAUACUUUGAGAGAAAUCAGUAAUGUCUCUCAGAUUCUCAAAAAUACCAAAGAGAAUCAUCAUGCUAAAAGACCAGUAAGCAAUGCAAAUGCCCAGAAAAAAGAGAUUCAAAGUCAAAAAGGUAAAGGGUUUGCGCAUUCUACGCAGAAAGGUCAUAAAGAAAAUCACCCUGCUGUGAGAGAAAUAAGCAAUGUCUCUCAGAUUCUCAAAAGUACCAAAGAGAAUCAUCAUGCUGAAAGACCAGUAACCAAUGCAAAUGCCCAGAAAAAUGGGAUUCAAAGUCAAAAAGGUGAAAGGUUUGCGCACUCUACCCAGAAAGAUCAUACAGAAAAUCAUCCUGCUCUGAGAGAAAUAAACAAUAUUUCUCAGAUUCGGAAUGCAAAAGUCCAACCGAAAGAUCAAGUCAAACACAAUUUUUCUCAUAGAAAUCGGAUUCAAGUCAACUGCAACACUACUCAAAACAAUCGGAAUCAAGUCAACUGCAACCUUGCUCAGAAGCAUCAAAAUCAAGUCAAUCGCAUCAUUGCUCAGAACAAUCAAAAUCAAGCCAACCACAACACUGCUCAGAACAAUCAAAAUCAAGUUAAUCGCGUCACUGCUCAGAACAAUCAAAAUCAAGUCCAUCGCAACACUGGCCUGAAUCAAGUCAACCGCAACAUUUCUCUGAACAAUCGGAAUCAAGGCACCCGCAAUAUUUCUCAAAACAAGCAGAUUCAAGCCAACCGCAACACUUCUCAAAACAAUCAGAACUCAGCAGACCACGAUGAUGUUUCAACAAGGUUGCGCCAUGUUGAAGGUAAACUCGAACUCAUAUUGGAAAAACUUAGCCUGACCAAUGAACUUGCACAAAGAUCCAACAAGAAAAUGACCGGCAUUAAAUUAGCUGUUGACGGGAGUACAGAGAUUUUAAAAGAAGUUCAAGCGAAAAUGGCAGAAAUGGCAGUUUCUAAAAUUUGCACCGCAACAGAUGAGAUUGAAAAACGCUUUCCCAUGAAUUCCAUUCAGGAGUUGGAACUGAUGGAUCAUGACCUCUCUGACCCUGAGUUCAGAAAAAAAUUUGUCUUGCACUUCAGCAGGAAGAAUGCAGAAUCUGUUGGGGAUUCUGUGAGAAAUAUAGUUAAAAUAUUGAUGACCGAUGGACUUGCCUCAAAAUUCUCAUGGACUGGUCACAAAGCAGGAAAAGAAGCCUUGAACCAAUAUACCAUGUUCAUCACUGCUUUUCAAGAUGCAGUCAGAGUAGGUCACAACGUUUUGGAUAAAGAGAUAGAUGGCCCAUUUAAAAGAUGGUUGGUUAAAGCUAAGGAGCGAUUGGAUGCGAGGGGUGAAAGUGAAGACAUUGUUGAUAACCAAGAUGAAGUAGAAGGUGAAUGUGAAUUUGAGAGACGUGAAAAUGAAAGUCGAGAUGUAUUUGAAACCAGUGAUAAUGAAAACGAAGAUGGUGGAGAGGAAAAUCCUGAAACCAGUGAUAAUGAAAACCAAGAUGGUGGAGAGGAAAAUCCGGAUGAUUUUUUGAAUGAUUGUUGUAACGAGAAUGGAAAUGAAAGUCAGGAUGACUUUUUGACAUAUCGCCGCAAUGAACAUGGAAAUCAGGAAGACUUUUUGAAUCAUCGUCGUAUUGAGGACGAGCAUCAUAGUCAGGAUGACUUUUUUAACUAUCCGUGUCACGAUGGAAGGCUGUCUGAAAAAAGUGAUAAAGAAGAUGAUGAUUCUGAUGAUGAAACUUAUUUCUCUGGGUAACUCUUCACUGUGAAUGCAUUCAAUUUUUCCCACAAGUAUUAAUUUCUAAUAUUCCCUCAAUACUUUAUUAUAUUUUUUGAAUUUGGUUUUGUUCUUGUUUUAUUCUUGUUUCAUUCACUCCCCUUAAUUUUCAAGUUAAUUCAAUCUGAGGCAUAAAUCGAUGGUGAGAUUCCUAAAACCCGCAAAGUCUUGUCAUAUUCUCAUUUCUAUAAGAAAAACUAAUGGAUAUCAUUUUUAAAUAGUUUGGCCAAUUCUUUAACAUUAUAAGGUCCAUGUUUUCUGAACUAUUCUAUCAAAGAAACCAAUUAGGUUCUCUUUAUGAAACAGAAAAAACAGUGGCAUUUUUGAAACUCAAUAGAGAUGAAUGUUCAUAGAUUUUCAGUAUCAAAAUGAUGCCAGUAAUGUUCAAACAAAGUGAUGGGAGCAGUGAUAAUACAUACAAGUUAUUUCUACAACUACUAAAUAUAUUUUUUCACUUACUUAUUGGAAUUGCCAAUUCGGUAGCAUCUCUUUGUUUUUUCGUUCUACUUUUCUCCUCGGUACUUGGUUCCAUUUGACAUUUGUUCUAUUGUACCUGUUAAUUUUUUUCCUACCAUGUUGUUAAUUUCAAUUUGUUACAUUUAUUUAAAAGGGACUAUCUGCUCGUCGAUUCAAAUUCUAAACUUGUCAUUUUAAUUUUUGCAGUCAGUACAGUAGCUGCCCUUGUGCAUCCUACAAAGUACAAGCUACUUAAAGUAAAUAUAACAUUUCUAAAAUCAAUAGGCUUACAAAAUUAAAGUUUAGGUCGCUGACACAUUGAAUCUGUCCAUAACAACAUAUGUAUCUUCAAGAGCUGCUAUUGAGGUACGUCUUCGCAGCAUUUCUUUAGUCAUGCAGAUAGACCUCCUGAUAAAUGGAUGCAAUUAAAGUGCAAAUGUUAACAUUAAUA